AUGUUAGGAGAAAGUUUCCAGCUCCUCCUUUCUUCCGUGUUGCAGGACCAUGCCAUUGCGCUCUUGCUCGCUUCCAGCGACCCCCAUACGGUGUACGACCUCGUCGUCAACACCCAACCUCAUGUCAUCCAGGUUCACAAGAGCGGAAUUGUCACGGCGAUUCCAUACCUGUACCCAAGCGGAACCUUGUUGGAGGAUUUACAGCGCCUCAGCAAGGCUCUGUCCAAGAAACUCGCGAAGGUCGACCUCGACGCCCCUCACCCGUCGCCUCGUCACCUUCAUGAAGGAAAGCUUGUUUGUGGAGCUUUGCUUCUUGGCCCUGUACUUCUGGACUUUGGUAUCACUGGCGGUAGUCAAGGACCUUCAAGGAGACUGGCCUACCUAUAUCAUCAGAAGGGGUGCUAUAGAAUGUGUGCAUGUGGGAAUUAUUGGUGUCGGUUGCCUCACAGUCAAGCCGAUGGCAAACCGGUGGUCCCUGAUGGGUGA